AGCCACGAGCAGAGAUCAAAGGUGAUAUUUUUACAGCAACUGAAAUAGAAAACCACUGGACACACAGUGGGAGGUGAGCAGCCCGGACACAGGCCCCCUUAUGCAACCUGUGGCCGCGGCCAGCACACUGCCCUCUGCCAUGAGGCGUGGGGGACAGGGUGGCGCUGAUCUUCCCAAAUGAGGUUCAAGAGAGAAGUGACAGGGACGGACCACAGCCCUGGGUGCCCAGAGGGGAGAGGGGCAGCAGCGAGGGAAUGCCAUGAGGACCCGGGCCAGCACCAGCCACAGCCACCAUGGUGCGGGGCGUCCGGGCCUUCUAUGCAAGUGGCCUGUGCAGGCUGCAGAGCCCUGGAGUGAGGGCGAGCACCCCCGCCGCUGUUUUAGGGUGCCGGGCUCAGGUCCACAGGGCUUUGGGAGCGAUGCAAGCCUGGAGCCCAGGGGCUGCUGGUCAGAGAGCCUUCCUGGCUCCCAGCAGCUCUCACUCAUUGGCUCCCAGCAUGAUCUAAUCGUUUCUGGCCCUGCUGCCAGCUCCUUGUCCCAGCCGGCCCCGGGCCGGCGGACACAGCUACACGCAGCUCCACCCCCGCAGUGGUCUCAGGUGUGGUCCCAGGCCAGCAGCAGCAGCAGCAGCGUUACCUGGAAACUUACUGCAAAUACACCUUCUCAGGCCCCACCUGAGACGCAUGGAGCCCAAAGCCAGGCGGUGGGGCCCAGCCCAGCCCUGGCGACUUCAGCAGACUCUCCGUGUUUCGGACACACCCCGAAUUUGAGGAUCCCUGUACUGCACGGCCUGCGUGUCCUCAUCCGUACUUCAGAGAAAGUAGCGCUUGAUCACAAGGUUGCGCCCAACGCGAGCCUCCCACGUGCUGGGUGUAACCCUGUGCCAGACAUCGCUUUGAGCUCUUUGCAAGGAGGAACUCAGCUGUUCCCUGAGGAACAAGCCUUGACAGCAGAUUCUGGAAGACUGCCGCAGACCGGAUUCUGGGAGGCCCUGGCGUCUCUUCCGGAACAGCAGAGCUUCCGCCCGAAUGGAACUGUUUAAGUGCAGGACAAGGUGGGAAAUGCUUCCAGCCGCAAUCCACGGACGACAGCUGCCCGCAGGGUCCUGGGACUGGCUGUGUGACCUCGGGCCAGUCCCUGCCCCUCUCUGAGCCUUGGUUCUGUCAGCUGGAUAGUGGUGAUGUACAGGUAAUGGAGCCACUUCCACCCUGCCUGGGUCAGACUGGGCAAGAACCAUGCCUUCCCUUCCUCGGUCAGCCCCAGGACUCAGUCAGAGGUCAGGGGUCAAGCCCGAGGCCGCCCCUCGCUAGCUGUGUGAACGACCAUGGGCAGGGCGCUGCACACCCUGAACUCCUGCUCCCCAGAAAAGACACAGAUCAGGGAUUCACCCCAGGGCCAGAGUAUACCCUCUGGCUGGCUCCCUCCCAGCUCCCAGGCCUGUAAGUGGAGCCACUGCCUACCCGAGCUGCUCACAUAGCCCUGGGAGGCGGGGGGCGGGGUGCAUGGCCCGCAGCCCAGCCUGGGGUGGGGGGGGACCUCGGGACCCAUGACGUCACGGAGAGCAGUUUCCAGGCCGGCCCCCCGGGGCUGGGGCCACUCUGGAGCGCAGCACUGCCCUUUUCCCUUUCCUUCGCUUUCUGUUUUGGCUGUGGCCCGGACACGAAAGCUGUUGGACGCUGCAGGCCAAGGAAAGGCUGAGUUCAGAAAUGGACUCUGGUUUCAGAGCCCAACCUGGAAGUCAGAUUCCUGCCUCCUGGGCCUACCUGGAGCCCAGGCCAGGUGCCUCGGGGUCAGGGGAGAUAGCGGACAGCCUCUCCUUCCCACAAGGGUUCGCUAGACCUCAGCUGGACAUCCAGGAAGCAGACACCGUGCACCCACAAGAAGCAGAUGCAGGGGGCCAGCAUGGCAGUGCAGCAGCAGUUAAGCCGCCUGUCGCCAACAUCUCAGCUGCUCUACUUCUGGCCCAGCUCCCUGCUAAUGCCCCUGGGAAGGCAGCGGAAGAUGGCCCAAGUGCUGGGGCCCCUGCACCCAAGUGGGAGACCCGGAUGGAGUCCCAGGCCCCAGCCAUUGUGGCCAUUUGAGGAGUGAACCAACAGAUGGAAGAUUCUCUCUCUCUCUCCCUCCCCCCCUCCCCCC